GAACAGCGAAGCCAACUGCAUCUAAUAAUGAGUCGAUUUCUAAACUAUAUAUCAGUACUCUUCAAUGGCAUUGUACUAUUUCAAUUAAUCACACUUAACGGAGAAGGAGCUCUGGCUCAACAGUCACAACUGCCACGAGAAUGCGGAAAACUCAAUGAAAAACUCUUCUAUAAUGGAAGAAGUAUCACUGCUCUGAAUGAGUAUCCUUGGCUGGGUCUCUUGGGCUUUAAAGAACCCAACUAUCCAAUCAGUUAUAAUUGCGUUGCUGUAUUAAUCAGUCAGAGAUAUGUCGUUGUGCCAGCCCACUGUAUUACGGAUAAAAACGCGGAUGCAUUAAGUGUUAUCUUUGGCGAUUGGCGAGUUGAUAAUAAUAUUCAUCUUAGAGAUUGUGACCGCACUCAAUGUGCUCCACCACCGAAAGUCUACUAUUUGGAAGAGGUAGUUCCGCAUUUCCAAUUCGUUGAGAGCCAUUUGGACAAUGAUAUUGGUUUGGCUAAAGUAAAAGAGAAUGUUCAGUUUUCGGAUUAUAUACAACCGAUUUGUUUGCCACCAGCUAACGAACGUGAUGAUCAGUAUAUAGGACAACGGCUGGAAAUAGCUGGGUAUCCCUUUAAAUAUCGUCCUGAUUUCGAUGUGAAUAGUUUUCGCAUGAAAACUUUAACUCAUAUGACAAGUUUUGAAUACUGUCAGGCGGGAUUAACCGAACAAGAACGUACGGAGUUAAAUAUGUCAACUAAACAAAUGUGCGGAUUUGUAUUAGGCGGUAAAGCUUUAAUUUCUGGCUCAGCUGUAAUGGGUGUCAAUUUAAUCGAUGGCAAACCAAAUAGCUUCUAUUUAAUGGGAAUUCUAACAUUUGGAGAAAUCCAAAAUGGGCUUGUUGAUUUGGAUUCACCAACUUGGUUUCAACGUGUCUCACCUUAUAGAGAUUUGAUCCUACAAAAUAUGACCUAAUGACUAUAUUUUAUGAUUAUUAAUAUCUAUGCAAAAUUUCACAUAAUGUAAAUUUUUCAAUUGGUUUUAAACUGGAAAUAAACUUUACUUAAAGAAAUUUGAAUCUAAA